AUGGCCUGGGGCAUACUUGAACCAAAGCACAUGGAAUACGUGCCGGGCACGGUCAAUGUCUACGAGGAAGCGCAGAGGAAUGCUGAACUGCUCGAGUCGGGACGGCACCUCAAGAGGACAGAAGAUGGAAAGAAAGUCUUGAUUCCACAGCCUACAGGCGACCCAAAUGAUCCUCUGAACUGGCCACUCUGGCAGCGCGACGCCAUCUUGGGCAUCCUUUGCUUCGUGUCUGUGAUCGCAACAGUCGCCUCGCCUCUGCUUGCCGCCAACUCGACGACUCUGGCGAUCCUGUUUCAAGUGACCUUCCAGGAUGCAGCACUCUUGACCGCAUACCACCUCGCAGGAGUCUGUGUCGGAGGCGUGAUCUGCGUACCAUCGGCGCGGAUAUGGGGCAAGCGUCACCUCUUCCUCCUCGGUUCGCUGCUCAUGGUCGCUUCAUCGGCCUGGGGCGGCUCUACGCACAAGGACUACAACUACGCCUCAUUGCUCUGGGCCCGAGUCUUCCAGGGUGUAGCGCUUGCUCCUUUCGAAGCCCUGGUCAACGCCUGCGUGGGCGACUUGUACUAUGUUCACGAGAGAGGUGUCAGGAUGGCAGUCACAAACACCUGCCUCUUCGGCGGCGCCUUCCUGACACCAGUCUUUGUAGGCAUGAUCUCAUACAACCGCCAUCUCGGCUGGCAGUGGACCUUCUACCUCAUGGCGAUCUUCAUGGCGGCAGGCUUCUUCCUGCUUCUCUUCUUCGUCCCGGAGACAGCAUAUCGCCGACCUGGACAUCUCGACCUGGACUUGAUGUCCGAGAACUCUUCCGGCAUAGUCUCUCCCAGCAAGCGAUCUAGCCAAGAGAGCGAAGCAGAGAAACGCAUCCACCAGAUGACUAUCACCGAGCCCACGCAGCGACCCCGCGCAUCCCUGGUACAACGCAUGCUUCCCUUCAACGGACGGAAAACCGACGAGAAGUUCUUCCUCCUCUUCUUCCGUCCCUUCCCACUCUUCCUUCACCCUGCCAUCGCCUGGGCCUGCCUCAUCCAAGGCGUCAUCAUUGGCUGGACAGUCAUGGUCGGCGUUAUCCUCAGUCUUGUCUUCCUCGGUCCACCACUCUUCUUCAGCGAGCGCGAGGCUGGAUACUUGUACACCGCCGCCUUCAUCGGCAGCAUCCUCGGCCUCAUCCUCGCUGGCGCCUACAGCGAGCUCGUCACGAAUUUCAUGAUCCGCAUCAACAAGGGCGUCUACGAGCCCGAAUUUCGCAUCUUUCUUGUCAUCCCCACCCUUAUCUUCUCCGCCAUCGGCCUCUACGGCUUCGGCAUCACGGCUGCGAACGUCAAGCGCUAUGGCUGGCUUGUCCCGGAUGUCUUUCUAGCAUUCAUCAUCAUGAGUAUGGUUAUGGGUGCUAUCGCGUCGGCACAGUACCUUGUGGAUGCGCACAGGGACAUCGCGGUCGAGGCGUUCACGAAUCUGAUCAUAUUCAAGAACAUUUUCAGCUUUGUGCUGGCGUAUUUUGCCUACAGCUGGGUGUUCAAGAGUGGGAUCAAUGAAAUUUUCAUUGCGUUCGGGAGCAUUGAAGUUGCGAUAUGUUUGUUAAGUGUGCCGAUGUAUGUGUUUGGGAAGCGGAACAGGGCAUAUUUCCAUAAGCAUGACAUAGUGAAGAUGGCAAGGUUGAAGUGA